AAGUUAGGCUGAGUCGCGGUUAUAUAGACCGGCGACGGAGCACGCGUGUGUGCGGACGCAGUUGCGUGAGGGGAUUUCGCCUUUUCCCUGCUGUGGAGCAAAGCUUGUUCCUCUCCCUCUCAGCCGCGCAGGGAGUAAAGGGGGAGCCGUGAAUGCAUGGAUAAUGAGCGGAGAUAAUAACCCCUGUUUUUUCUAAGCCCUCACUGGCGUGCCAGGCAGUGUGCUGAGCAACUUGUGUGGCUCUCAUGCACUCCCGCGAGGAUCCGAUGAGGUUGAAUUGACCAAAGCAAUGGUUAUGGAGAAGCCUAGUCCCCUGCUGGUCGGGCGGGAAUUUGUGAGGCAGUAUUACACACUGCUGAACCAGGCCCCAGACAUGCUACACAGAUUUUAUGGAAAGAACUCUUCUUAUGUCCAUGGGGGAUUGGAUUCAAAUGGAAAGCCAGCAGAUGCUGUCUACGGACAAAAAGAAAUCCAUAGGAAAGUCAUGUCACAAAACUUUACCAAUUGCCACACUAAGAUCCGCCAUGUUGAUGCUCAUGCCACUCUGAACGAUGGUGUGGUGGUCCAGGUGAUGGGGUUACUCUCCAAUAACAACCAGGCUUUGAGGAGAUUCAUGCAGACAUUUGUCCUUGCUCCUGAGGGCUCUGUUGCAAACAAGUUUUACGUUCACAAUGACAUCUUCAGAUACCAAGAUGAGGUCUUCGGUGGCUUUGUCACUGAGCCUCAGGAGGAAUCUGAGGAAGAGGUAGAGGAACCCGAAGAAAGACAGCAGACACCCGAGGUGGUACCUGAUGAUUCUGGAACUUUCUAUGAUCAGACUGUCAGCAAUGAUUUGGAAGAACAUUUAGAGGAACCUGUUGCUGAACCAGAGCCUGAUCCUGAGCCAGAACCAGAGCAAGAACCUGUGUCUGAAAUCCAAGAGGAAAAGUCUGAACCAGUGUUGGAAGAAAGUACUCCUGAGGAUGCUCAGAAGAGUUCUUCCCCUGCACCUGCAGACAUGGCGCAGACAGUCCAGGAGGACCUGAGGACAUUUUCUUGGGCAUCUGUGACCAGUAAAAAUCUUCCACCCAGUGGAGCUGUCCCUGUUACUGGGAUACCACCUCAUGUUGUUAAAGUACCAGCUUCACAGCCUCGUCCAGAGUCUAAGCCUGAAUCUCAGAUUCCGCCGCAGAGGCCUCAGAGGGAUCAAAGAGUGCGAGAGCAACGAAUAAAUAUUCCUCCCCAGAGGGGACCUAGACCAAUCCGUGAGGCUGGUGAGCAAGGUGAUGUGGAACCCCGAAGAAUUGUGCGACACCCUGAUAGUCACCAACUUUUCAUUGGCAAUCUGCCACAUGAAGUGGAUAAAUCGGAACUUAAAGAUUUCUUUCAAAGUUAUGGGAAUGUGGUGGAGCUACGCAUUAACAGCGGCGGGAAAUUACCCAAUUUUGGUUUCGUUGUGUUUGAUGAUUCUGAGCCUGUUCAGAAGGUCCUUAGCAACAGGCCCAUCAUGUUCAGAGGUGAGGUCCGUCUGAAUGUGGAAGAGAAGAAGACUAGAGCUGCCCGGGAAGGAGACCGUCGAGAUAACCGCCUGCGGGGACCCGGAGGUCCUCGAGGUGGGCUAGGUGGUGGAAUGAGAGGCCCGCCCCGUGGAGGGAUGGUGCAGAAACCCGGAUUUGGAGUGGGAAGGGGAAUUGCUCCAAGGCAGUGAAUUGCUCUUCAUUGAUCUUCACGCAGCAGUACAAAUCUAGCUCCUGCAGAAUGGUGAAUUUCUUAUACCAGCAUUUGGUAUCCUGGAGUAUGACCCUAGUCUAUUAUAAACUGCUUAAGUUUGUACAAUUUUACUUUUUGUGUUAAUGAUGUGUGCUCCCUCUCCCUUCCCUCUCCUCACCUUUUUAGUCCUUCACUUCCAAUUUUGUGGAAUGAUAUUUUAGGAAAAACAGAUUUUUAAAGAAGAGAAAAAGACUGAAUUUCCUUGCUUUACUUUUGAAUAUACAGACUGGAUUUUUUUUUUAACAGCUGUUUCCCCAAAGGAAUGUAUCUUACCUAUUACUGACAUUUGGUAUGUUUCAUUCAUUGGACUAUUUCUUAUUUUCUAUGUGUUUCAAAAGCCUAUGAGAAACACAGGAUUUGAUAAACAUUUUGAAGGCAGGAAAAAUCUAAAUUGUUUCUUCUUUGAGAGUCAUGGCUACCUUCUGGUGUGUAGAAAUUGCCAUUGGAAAAAUUGACAGUUUUGAUUCUUGCUGGUAUGGUUAAAAACUGAAUAAAAGGUGUUAGUAGAGUUUUUUUUUUCUUUUGAUACGUGAUCACAAAACAAUUAAAAACCUUCUGUUUUUACCAUUUAAAUUUAAAUUGUGAGAUAGGUUUUAAAUGUUUAGGAUUCAAUUGAUUAGAUUUCUUUUGAAGUAGGGUUCUUUUCUGUUUAUUUUUAAAACAAACAAAACAAAAACAAGCCCAAAAUACAACAAAAAAAGAAACUCCAAAAUCCGAAGAACACAAAACCCAGAGCAAAACUGUUGUGCCUUCUAUUUAUCUUUGAUUCCAGCCUUGGCAAUUGUUGAAAGAAAAAAAAAAGUCUAGAUUUGUUUUUACCAGGUAUAGAGUAUGUUGGGAAUCGAAGAAAUCCCUCUUUCACCUUGUAUGUAUUCUGUUCAUUUGUUUUAUGCCUUAUACUUAAAUUGAGUCUCAAACUGGAAUGCCUUUGAGGACAGACAUGCUUCUUUCUAUAGAGGUCCUUUGAUCUAAAUAGUCCAGCAUUUGUAUUAAGUUUUAUUUCGGUAUCUGUUCAUCACAGCCCAUAAGAAGGAAUACGACUUUAAUAUUGGACUUUGUGCUCGAGUGUCUGCCGGUUUUUUCUUUAAAUCAUAGGCACAUGGUAAAUUUUCUGUUUUGUUAUGGUUCUCUUUUAUUGAUGGGCAUACAGUGGGUUUUUCUUGGAAAUGGCCAAUUUUUAUUAAAAUAUUUCUGGAAGAAAAAUUAAUCUGGCAAUAUAGACUAAUAUUCGUUUUACAUAGUAUGUUAAUUUCUUGCGGGGAGUGAGGUGGGUAAAGGUUUUGUUCACACACUUGUGAAGCAAGCCUUUGUGUGAUAACUUGUCCUACUAAUUUGAAGGGCAGUGAGGUUGUCAAAUUUAACUUAUUUAUUAACAGUGUUCAUCUUUAGGACUGUUUGAGGAGAGUAUAUGAGUAGGAUUAGGAAUGUUUGUUUUGCUAUUACUGGGAAACUCUAGGUUUGCUGAAGGGUGUAGUCUUAAACUAAAAUGAAGUUUGAUAUUAUCGGUCCUCAGUACCUCAGAUAUUUGAAAAUUGGGAACAUCACCUUCACAUAAAGAAAAUUACAUAACUGAGUCACAUGGCUGUUUUUUGGGUCGGUUUAAGUAACUAUUUGGUAACAACUUCAUUUGGACCAGGCCAAUGAUAAUUGGAAGACAUUCAGCUUGUACGUUUGUAGCUUAUAUUAAGCCGGUGGUGGAAAGAAAAAACUUAGCUGGAGAUAUUUUUGAAAAAAACUUUUUAAGUUGUAGUAACUAAAGUCAUAAAUUAUGGAUAAUCUAGAAAUCAUUUUUCACAAAUAAAUGCUAAACCACACAUUUCACAAUAGGUGUUUUUCCUGCUCCAUGGUUUAAGGGCACUUAAGUGGAUGCAGUGAUUCUCAACUGGGGCUGUUCAUACUUCCUAGAGGACAUUUGGAAAUGGGUGAGAUUUGGGGAGGAGGGAAGAGGAGUCACCACACACAUCUGGCAUUUAGUGGGCGGGGCUGACAGUGCUACCAUAAAAAGGAAGCACACCCCGUUGAGAUCAUGGCUAUUCCCCAUUCCCUAUAAUGUGUGGAACAUGGAAGGGGUGGAUGAGGACAACUUGAAGACUGUUUGGUUUGAAAAAUAGCCUCAGAUAAAUUAAAUGAAUUAUCAAAUAGAAAUCUCUUUCAGGAAUUACUGUAACAUCUGCAGGUAAUUAAUAAUCUCACUUUUCCUGUACCCAUGUGUGGGUUUAAAUAUGCUAGGUGCUUUUUGUAACUUGUUGCAUAAGCUUAGAAAAGUAAGGUUGCUUUAGUAAUUUCAAGUCCUCAGAAUUGGGAUGAUUGUGGAGUUUUAAGUAGCAACGGACUUUAUGUAUCAGAUUUAGCAUUGUGGUUAACACUAUGAAGAAUCCUAAUAUCAUUGUUUACAUUAUUGCUGAUAGAAUAAACAUGAUACCCUCGAUACACAUAUACUCCCACAGAUAGAAAGUGAAAAUAGGUUAGGACAAGAUUUUCUCUAGGCAGUACUAACUUAUCACAUUUAAACUUUUUGAAUUUUAAAAUACUAUUUUUCAUCUGUAAGAAUGCCCCAAUGUACAGUUUUUUUCUGUUAAGCUUUAAACCCUUUACCCAUAAGUAUUUUAGCUAAGUAAGAUUAGUUUGGUUCAGUGGGUCUUAGUCUUGUAAGACCUUUUGAAAGCAAGCAGAUCUUAGGCCUUAACAAAAAUACAUGGAUUGGGCUUUACUCUUGUAUUCCUAUGUUUUCAACUUUGUGAGCUUUUGUUUGCUGGAAGCAGUAAAAUGGAUAAUCCAAAAAUCAUUCUUUGGCUUUGGAUGGGUAGGUUACUUACCACAGGAUUAGUUGAACUGCACUUUAGUUUUAGAUUAGAGAACUAAUUUUCACAAUUACCCUGUGGAUUAGGUGCUAUUUUUCCCAAAGUAAUAGAUGAAGAAGAAAUCUCAGCAGUUAAAUGACUAGGCUUCUAAGUCAUCCAUGUAGCAAGGAGCAGAUUGGCCUCCAAAAUUGAUGCUUUUUCCCUGGAACCCUGAUGCCUACCCAUUUUACAUUUGAGUGACAUAUUAAAGAACAAGGCGUGACCAUAAUAAGUUAUCACAGUACAGAGACCUGAGUCUCAUUCAGAGAAAGGUUAGAAUUACUCUUCUCCAUUUCCUUUAAGGUAAACUAGAUAGGGAAACCUUAAUUUUGUAGGGCUCCUUUGAUUUAUAGAUUGUGGUAACAGUAAUGAUUUGUUUUUAGGGUUUUUUUCUCACCUGAAUUUUAAAUACACGUAUAACCUUGAACCUAGAUGUGGAAGGUAACAUUAAUUUUAUAAUCCCUUAAUCCAGGUGGGUUUAUAGCAGUUGUGUUUUGUGCUCAUAACUGCCAUUCUCAGAUACUUCUCUUCAUCCCUUUAUUUGAAAAUCCUUGUAGAGUUUAAUAAUUUAGUGGGGAACGUGGCACUUUAUAGGAAGCAAUUUGUUAGAACCAGUAUGGUUGCAUUUGUCAAAUCUACUGAUCUAAAGAUAAGUUUAUAUUGAAGUUUUAUUUUUGUGCUACUUAAAAGAAUCUCUGAAGGAACUGCAUACAGAUAAGACCUUUGGUUCAGCAGUUAGGAACCUUUUAAGAAAAGCAACUUCAACUUUUAUUUGAAUAUGGGGUUUUAGCUAACUGUCUAAUAUACCGCAAAUGGGCAGUGGACAGUUAUUCUUCCACAAAUGUGUUAGAAACCUUGAAGAAUGUGUUAGAAACUUAGCAACAUUUUGUGUGGGAAGUUGCUGAUGAGUAAGGAUUUCUGGUUUUAAGGUAGUAAUGCCUUUUGGAAUUUUUGUUUACUGUGAUUGAGGUUCUGGGGACCACACGUUGGCUUGUGAACUCCUAUGAAACUAUAUUAAAGGAGAAAUGGUAGCACAUGUGACCUAAAUAAAACUUUUUUUACUU